UCAAUCCCCGGCGCCGCCGCCGGAGUGGCUCUCGGUCCUCCCAUCGAUCCUCCCGUCCGUCCUCCCGCCGCCGCUGGUCAGAUCCUACAACUGUCCUUUUAAAAUAUGUGUCAGAGACAGCAUCAAGCAGGAGCUGAAAAUGUGAAUUGUGAUUCUCUCCGGUCUUUUCCAGCCCUCCCAGCCUCCUUGCCUGACUCAGAUGACGUGAUGUUCAGAAGUAUUCCUUAAUCCAAGUCGCUGCCCAGCCAGGCACACCUACAAAAGAUUGCAUCCAUAACUCAAGAUGGCCAGUCAGCCGCCGGAAGAGCCUGUGGAGUCUCAGGUCCCGGAUGAACUUGAGUGUAAGAUCUGUUACAAUCGGUACAACCUGAAGCAGAGAAAGCCCAAGGUUCUGGAGUGUUGUCACAGGGUCUGCGCCAAAUGCCUCUACAAGAUCAUAGACUUUGGGGACUCUCCCCAGGGUGUCAUCGUCUGCCCUUUCUGCAGGUUUGAGACAUGCCUGCCGGACGACGAAGUCAGUAGCCUGCCUGACGACAACAACAUCCUUGUAAACUUGACUUGUGGAAGCAAAGGGAAGAAAUGCCUUCCUGAGAACCCCACCGAGCUGCUGCUCACCCCCAAGAGGCUGGCUUCCCUUGUCAGCCCUUCCCACACAUCCUCCAAUUGCUUGGUUAUCACUAUCAUGGAGGUGCAGAGAGAGAGCUCCCCGUCUCUCAGUUCCACCCCUGUGGUAGAAUUCUACAGGCCAGCGAGUUUCGACUCUGUCACCACCGUGUCCCAUAAUUGGACGGUGUGGAACUGCACCUCGCUGCUCUUUCAGACGUCCAUCCGAGUGUUGGUGUGGUUGCUUGGUUUGCUGUACUUCAGCUCCUUGCCCUUAGGGAUCUACUUACUGGUGUCUAAGAAAGUCACCCUGGGGGUGGUCUUCGUUAGUCUUGUCCCCUCUAGCCUUGUCAUCCUUAUGGUAUAUGGUUUCUGCCAAUGUGUCUGUCAUGAAUUUCUGGACUGUAUGGCACUUCCUUCUUAAUCAAUAUGCAACACAGGCACAUAUGGCUACAUUCAAAUGAUGUACGUAUGAUUUGAUUUCUUUUGUAUUCUCUACGAUUAGUGUCUCCAGCCUCAACAAAGCCCUUGGCCAUAUGUCUGUGGUCCAUUUUCCCAUCCAGAUUUUGGCUUGAUGGGUUUUCCUGGAUUCUG